UUCGUUCCUGCCAGCACUAAUAAGCGCUGGACAGAGUAGGCUCGGUCUUUAUGGAAGGAGCACGAGGUGCACCAACAGCUGUCGGUAGAGCAAAGCACGCAAUCCUCCAGCCUCCUUCGCUGACGGGAGGAGGCUGAGAUGGAAUCAGCUGUGUCCCAUGGCAGAACGGGGCAGUUUAAUUAACAGCUAUUUGGUUGCUAACCACCUGCCUAGUCUCUCAUGAGUCCGUGCGUCUCCUCACGCGCUUACCCGUCCGUCCUCUACGUCUCCAAUUCUUCGGAAUUCUGCGUGAACGUGUAAAAUCGCUCGUCUGUACAUAAGUCUUAGCGUUCAUGGAAGCAAUCGUGGUCAACAGGCCUUAGUGGCAAGCCCUAGCAAGAUCGCUCUUCGCCUUCGCUACUGUCACCUUCGUUACUGUCGUUUUCGCUCCUUGCCGCAGCGUUCCCCUUCGGCUCCGCGCUUGGAAGUUCUUGCGGAGCCAGCUCUUUGCGGCAGCCAUGGCGGAGGGGCUGUGUUCCGCCGCCAUGCAUCUGCUCGUUCGCGCCGCCCGUAACAGCCGAAUCAAUCCGACGGCCACGACUCCCCCCGCGGUUGCCGCUGCUCUUUCCACGGCCUCUGGCACAACCCCGUUGGCGAUUUCCGCGCGAUUUUUUCGUCGCUACUUCUCGCUACCAGACCCGACGACUUCCCCUUGCUCUGCCGCCCUCCACUCGUGUGCUCGCCUUGCGUCAGCAUCGUCGCUCCCAGCAUCAUCAGCAUCAUCGCUCGCAGCAUCAGCAUCAGCAGCAGCAGCAGAAGCAGCAGCAGCAGCAGCAGCGGCAUCGUCUCUCGGUGCUGCCGCGAAUAAAUUCCUCCCUUCGUUCCAGUCGCUCUCUGCAGCCGCCUCCCCUCUCGCCGCGAAUGCCACAGCAGCAACGGUAACAGCAGCGCGUUGCGCAACAACGGCGGCUGCUGUAGGGUCGAGAGCGGUUGCCGGGCCUCCCUUGGGAUUGUCGAUAAAGACGGCCGCCGGCUCGUUGCCGUCAGGCGCAACGGCUGCAGUGACGGCGGCUGUUGCGGCGAGGGGCACGGCGGCGGUUGCGGCGCGGUUAACGGCGACGGCGGCUGCAGCGGCGCCGCUUGCGCGCUCGGCGGCGGGUCUGCUGCAGGUGGCGCGCUCCGUGCUGUCGCUCAUGGGCGCGGGGCUCACGGCGCUCGCCGCCACGCAGCUGCUUCCGGGCGCCACCGUGCACGCUAGCGAGCGCCCAUCCACCUCUCGCGGCCGGUUGCACGUCCCUUCCGCGGCUUACGCGGCGUCAACGGGCGUUACCGGCGCCGACAAGCGCGCGGAUUGCACCUACCCCGCAGCUCCUUCCGCCGCCGCCGUUUCCGCGUCAUGGUGGUGGCCCAAGGCGACGGCGGACGGGCAGUCGCAGAUGCCGUCGCAGGUCCAGUCGCCGCUGUCGUAUCAUCGCUCGUCGCACGUCUACGACUUCACGCGGAGCCACAGCCACACCUUGAGUCCCAGCGCGAGUCACGGCGUGACUUCCGCCGUGAGUCACGGCCCGAGCCCACCGCAAAGGUCCAGUUUACUGAGCGCGGGCGGAUCGGGCUCUUUUCUUAUCAUGGAGUCAACUCAGAAGGCAUCUGCCUCCGUCUCUCCCCUCUCCUGCCCCUGGGGUCGCCCCUCCCAUCUGACUCGCUCCUCCUCCUCCAUUCCCCCUCUCUCCGCGCCCACCUCCCUUCCGCCGUCUGCCUCCGCCGCUGCUGCUGCGCGCCGAGCGUGCUCCCCGCCCGCCGCCGCGCACUCCGUGCUUCACAGCCCGCCUGCGCCGUUCCCGCGCUCUCCGCCGUUCAUGGCGCAAACAGCGGGGGACUGGCAGCUGUGCACUGCGGCGUCAGAAAUCAUGGCAGAGCCAGGGUCGAAGCAGGCGGGGCAGAGAGAGAGGGAGAGUGGGCGGGAGGGUGAAUGGUUGGAGUCGAGUGAAGCGGGUGGAUGGACGACUGUGGGAGAGGGGAGCGCCGUGGGGCCGGAGGGGAGAGGAGCGGUGGAGUUUGGGAUGGAGAGAGGAGGGGAGGGAGGAAGGGGGGUGGAGGCCGGAGGUGGGUGGGAGUUGGUGGCCGAGGGAGGGACAGACGGAGGGACUGCGGCAGGGAUAGACAGAGGAAUAGAGCGGGCGACGGCUGUGCGGCGGGCAAUUGAGGCGCCAGUGGCCAUGUCUGUUCGCGUGCCAUGCUCUGCCGUUGAGGGUGGACCCCCACUGCAGCUGGAGUCGUGGUGCUGUGAACGCAGUGCGUGCGUGGCAGUGACAGGCGAGAGCCGAGAGAGCAGAGAGCGCCGAGAGGAGAGAGUGCGGCAGAGCAUGUGGCAGAGUGGAAGCCGAGAGAGCGCCAUGGGUGAGAUGCACUCGCAAGAGUCCACUACUCAACCCUCUGCUCGCCCACUGCAGCACAGAUCCUCCUCCUCCUCCUCCUCCCACACGCCCUUCUCGACCUUCUCGACCUUUCUGCCCUGCUCCCCCUCCCCUUCUCCCAGUUCCACCUCCUCUUCCCUCGCCUCCUCCUCCGCUGCGUCUGCCUCCCCCUGCUCCCCAUUGCGCCCCAUGGCUCCUCCCCGUUCCAAGCGCGCCACCGAGGUACUACUUCCGCCCACGUGCUCUUUCCCACAUGUCACUCGCACCACUAGCUCCUCCUGUACACUAUGGCUCGGGGAAGGGAGGCGCACCACCAGCGUGGCCCCACCAUACUCCUCCCCUGCUCCACCUGCAAGUCCCCCUCUCAACUUCUCACAGCCUGCUGCAGCUGCUCCCCCUGCUGCAGCGGCACAGGAGGGGCUCUGGGAGAAGGAGCUGAGUGGGGGAACCGUGGGGCAAGGACUUGGGCAAAUGGCCCAGCAGCAGCAGCAGCAGGGUCAGGAUCAGCAGCGGUUAGAGCAGAUCGAGCGGGUGGAGCAACAGAUGCGUAGUUUCCCGCCUGUACAUAGCCAUGAGUCUGAUCAUUCACAAGAGUACGAGCAUGGGCAUGGGCAUGGGCAUGGUUAUGGGUAUGAUGGGCAGAGGCAUGGGCAUGGAGAUCAGAAUGCAUACGAGCUGCUGGCAUCACCGGCAGAAGCAGCAGCAGUGGCGGAGGCGCUGUGCCACUCGCAGUCGCGGGCCAGGGAGGCAGAGCAGGCAGCAGCACAGGCGGAGUGCCGCCAGCAAUGGCUGGAGCAGCUGCUGUGGCAUGAGUCCACGCGCUCCUACUCCUUCCGCCAGUGGGCGCUCAUGCUACAGCUGCAGGUGGAGAAACACCAGCUGCUUAUGCUGGUAGAUGCUGAGGCGUCCAACCCUGCAGCAGCAGGCAGGGCAUGCAGCAGGGAGACAUGGGGCUCGCCUUGUUUCCAUGGCUGUGCAGCUGAACCAUCUGCUGCUGGAGCAGCCACUGCUGGUGACUCUGUAGAGGAUUUCUUUCUCUCUGGGCGAACCAUCCUCAGCUCACGGCUGCAGCACAAUCACCAGCCAUCUCACCAGCGCCACUAUGAGCAGCAGCAUUACUACCCGGGACACAACCAGCAUCAGCACCAACAUCAGCGGCAGCAGCAGCAGCAGCAGCGGGAUCAGCACCAUCAGCAAGAGCAUCUGGAGCAUGCGCAAACCAGUGCCAGCAAAAAUCAUCCUCCCACUCCACCAUCCCUUCCCUUCUGGCCCUUCCCACUCUUCCCAUCCCUCUCGCCCUCCUCACGCCUCUCCCGCUACCUGCUCCUAGGUGUUGCCUUCACCCUUGGUCUUGGUUUCGCUGGUGCCGCCUUUCUUCUGGGCUGGCGACUGGGCGUGGUGGUUGUCGUGGUAACCGUUCCCAACAAGCACAUGGGUGCAGUAACAAAAACAGCUUCUUGCUCUUGAGCUUCUUAGCAGGGACUUGGACAUGGAUAAUCACUAGACGUUCUUUGUACCUCGCUGCAGUGCUGAUUCCCAAGGGCUUUGUUGUAUCCCAAUGCAAUGUCUUCAUCCAUAGCAUCAAACAACAUUGGUGCCUGCUAUAGCCCCCAUGAUGAAGUGCUGUGCUAAAGAUAUUUUGGAAUGAAGGGUUGUGGGUAUUUUUUUGGCCAACCCUUAAUUUUCAGGGUUGGGUUUUUUUGAACCCUAACCUCUUCAGGGUUGUAUGUCUGUGAACACUUAAAAUUUCAGGGU